UCUGAGAAAUAUAGGCAGCAUCCUUUCCAGCUCAUGCGUUCAGUCCCACAGCUGGCUCAGAAGACACCAAGCCGCAGCUGCGCUGAUCACUGAUCCAGAGCGAACCCUCACGCACAUCCACACACACACACACACACACACAUACACACUCUCUCUCUCCCUCUCUCUCUCUCUCUCUCACACACACACACACACACAGCGGGAUCUUUGCUGGGAAUCGAAGCGCGCUGUCGGAGAGAUGUUGGUCAAACUGGCCGUGGUGCUGCUGGUUUUGUCAGUGUUGGAGCAGGUGGGAUCGGAUAAUAUCGAUAUUCAUGACAGUCCCCCGGAGAAGCCUUCGAGCCAGAAAGGACGCCUCUCCUUGCAGAAUACAGCUGAGAUCCAGCACUGCCUGGUGAGUGCAGGGGAUGUUGGCUGUGGUGUGUUUGAGUGCUUUGAGAAUAACUCCUGUGAGAUACGAGGGCUACAGGAAAUCUGCCUGACGUUCCUGCACAACGCUGGCAAAUUUGACUCUCAGGGGAAAUCCUUCAUCAAGGAUGCUCUGAAAUGUAUGGCACACGGGCUACGGCACAAGUUCAGCUGUAUCAGUAGGAAGUGUGUGUCCAUUAAGGAGAUGGUGUUCCAGCUCCAGAGAGAGUGUUAUAUCAAACACAACCUGUGCUCUGCUGCUAAGGAGAAUGUGGCUGUUAUGGUGGAGAUGAUCCAUUUCCAAGAUCUCUUCCCUAAAGGUCCAUAUGUGGAGUUGGUGAACAUACUCCUGAGCUGCGGAGAGGAGGUGAAGGAGGCGUUGACACGGAGUGUCCGCCUACAGUGUGAGCAGAACUGGGGUGCUCUGUGUGACAGCCUGAGUCUCUGCUCCUCCCUCGCCCCAUCGCCCGCUGGCUCCGCUGUUGAGCAACACCGCCGCCUCUUGCCCUCCCACCCUGAACCGGAGCUUCCUCGCCUUCCACGACAAGGCGACAAGGACAAAGCCGGUAAGGCGGGCUUCAGUGCUCACCCACGUAAUCGCAGUCAGGGACUGCGCCGCCAGGGUCCAGAAGCCAGAGUGGUGGCUGACCAGGAAGACCCCGAGGCCACCGACAUCCGGAGGUGAAAGCACAAGAGACUAUCUCAGCCUUUGCCCUUACACCAUUUAAAAACCACACUUGCAGACUUGUGCACAUCUCCACACAAUAACACACAGAAACACCUCUAUACACACACAUACACACACACACACACACACACACACACACACACAAACACACAAAUUCCCAGACAGACUGAGCAGAAGGAAACAGGCCCUGACCUUUCCUGUCCUUAUUCCACCCUCUUCAGUCAUUCCAGCAGUCCCACAUGGUAAACCUGCAGGGUAAUUGUGGUGUAGCCCGUACUGUUAUACCAGACUGUAGGCCAUUUUUUAAAACUGAGUAAAAACUGUUAUCAUGACUAUUUCAUCUUAGGACUAUUUUGGGUCUAAUAUAACAUUUCUCACAUCAUACUUAGUGUGAGAUUUGAUUAUAUUUGUAUUAUUUAUUUUAUUCUUUAUGCAAUGUUGAAAUAUCAAAAUGUACAUAGAAAUAUACUUAUCUAUAUUUAUAUAAACAUGUAUAAAUAUAGUUACAAUAUGCAAUACUGACAUACUAUAUGGUGUGCUGUCUGUUGUUUUCUUCACAGUAUUGCACCCAUCACACAUCGGUUUGUAGAUAUGUAACAUACAACAUUUGUUGUUGCAAAGUGGGAAUGUAUAUUAUAAUUAUAGAUACUUGAUGAUUAAAUAUAAAUUGUACAGGUUUCAAGUCCUGUUCUGGCACAUAUGAAUUGUAGUGCAUGAUGGCCAUAAAGCCAACAAACUUGUGCAUUCUUAAAGUGAAAAUCCACUCUAAAGAGGAUGCAGAUGUAAAACUAUGAAUAUGGACAGUUAUUUCACACUUGUAUGUAGUGAUAAGUCUGUCGUAAAGCUAGAAAUACGACAGCACAGAGUGAUCUCUGAUGUCAUCAGGGCAAAGUGACGGAGAGACUAACAUAGCAGACAGUUAUACGGACUCUUUUUGUUUCAUAAGUAUUAGUGCUACUCUGACGUGUCUCAUUUGGAUGCAAAAAGUGUCACAUUCAUUGCUAAUAGAGCUUAACAAACUGUGUCUAAGUGACAUUAACAAUCAUUGUUCUUGCUCACAAAUAAUAACUGAACUGUCAAAAUGUUAUACAUUCUCCUGAGCUGGUUGUUCAUCUAACCAUCAGUUAUCAGUGAACUGCAGGAAAGAGAGGAUGCUCAGUUGAGUUUUGAUGCUAAGUCCUUUCAGAUGUGCAAACCACACACAUCGAGGUGCCUAAACUUGUUAUUGUCCACACUGACCGCUUAGCUGUGAUUUAAGUGAAUGGAUGAUACUGUGUCAUGGGUAGAUUUAAUGUUGAGCUAUUUUACAAUGAUGUUGAGCCACAGAAGUCUUAGAUUUUGCACUUUGGAUGAUUGUAAGUUUGUGUUGGACUGCUGCAGGUUGACCAGGUUACCAGAGAAGUUGUCUUCAAAGCAGACCCUACUGCAUAUGAUGUUUCAAUUGAGCAAGCCUGAUUUUCAUUAUAGUCUAGAGCACCAAGUCCUGUUCCCCACAUGUUCCUGAUGACCAGAUUGAGCCACUUCUUUACAAGACCCACAUUACCCAUCACUGGUGUCCCAGUGGGCUGGAAAGAGGCUUCAUAGAAACCCUUCGGAUUUUUGGCCCCACCAAAUUAGCCAUUAUUCCUCUCCGGUCCCUUACCUAGGUCAGGACAGACUUGAAGGCCUGUUAUUCUACCCUUUAGAGCCGCAGGCAGCGCAGCAAGGACCCAGGAACUGGGUUAAGUCCACACACGGGGGCUCUGGCAGUAAUUCCAAAUGUUAUAUUUACUGAGGCCACCAGAGAAUUCCUCUGGGCCACAGCCAAGCGCCAGCAACACAGCAGGCAGAGAGGAGUGGAGCAAGAAGGAGAGAGCCUUGUUUUUUAAAUGUGAUGAUUCACUCAGUCUAUACUUCUUCUAGUGCUCUUCUUGUCUUCCUCCUUUAGGUCACAAACACAGGUUUUUGACCAUUUCAGGCCAGUCACAUGUUUUAACUGUAGAAGUGAAGUUUGUGAGCACACCACAUGCUGGGGACCUCUUGGUGCAAAAAGAAAAUAAAACAUGGUCAGAUUCUGUGGCUCAGUUUUGGGGUUUUCACGUUGUUUUCCAGAUGUAUUUACAGUAAGGUAAUGUUUUUCCUCCCAGUCAUUUAGAGACUAUUUUAAGCUGUAAGGGUUUGAUUUAUCAAUAAGACCUUCAGGAUUUUAUUUUUUAUUCUGUUGUGGAAGUUGGGACUCGUGUGACAUCCCAGCACAAGACAUAAGCUAAUCCUAUUGAGAAUGUACUGUAUGUGUGUAAAGUGACAAUCUGUUCAGCUCUCUGUCAUUAGGUUUGAUAUGGCUUUUUGUAAAAAUGUAGUGGUCUGAAUGGGUUUUCUUUGUGUAUUCAGAGCAAAAUAAAACUAACCAUGUCUUUUGUAUUGUUAGUGCUCCAUCGCCACAUGACAUGUCCUCUGUUAAGCACAGUGACUUUGCUUUCACUAUUGAAAAUACAGAACAUGGUCUAGAAGUUUGUAACUCACCUGUAAGACCCUGUAAGACAUUGGUCAUAAUGAUCCUAAAGAUUUCUUCAUACUCAUGAACUCGUCAUUAAAAUAU